UUGAAUUAGGCCAAAAAAAACAAUCAUAUCCUGUAGGAGCACAAGUUUAUAAAUGAAGUGCAGCAUCUAGGAAAGAGUCAUUGUGUGGAACCUGGAAAGGAGCAGCCCCAUGUCAAGCAGGUUCUGAUAAGUACAUGUUUACAAACCUGCGGUCAUGGCCAUCAAUAAAAUAAUGGAAUGGCUGAAGAGGAGCAGGGAGUCCCGAAAGCUGGUCCUCACUGUGGUCUUUGUCGCUCUUCUGGUUGAUCACUUGCUUUUAACGGUUGUAGUACCUAUUGUGCCAAGUUUUCUCUAUACCACUGAACACCAAAGAUCCAAUGCUUCUGUGACCAGAGAUGAGUGGCUUUCUCAAGGACAAUUAGGUGGUGAAUCAGAGAUCUCCUCUGUCUUCUCCUACUAUGAUAAUGCAACAUAUCUGGUGAGAAAUGACUUGAGUAACCAAACACUGAACACCACUCAGCAGACCCCUAGGCCAAAAAAUGAAGACAGUGCAUGUGACUCGGAUGGACAGUUUCUCAAGGAUGAGAACAUCAGAGUUGGCAUCUUGCUCGCAUCCAAAUCUAUCAUGCAGCUCAUCUUCAACCCCAUCGUUGGGCCAUUAACCAACAGGAUCGGAUUUCACAUCCCAAUGUUCACCGGCUUUGUCUUGAUGUUUUUUUCAACAAUAACAUAUGCCUUUGUUACGACUUAUCCCCUGAUGAUCUUGGCCCGGACCAUUCAAGGAAUUGGCUCUUCCUUCUCAUCUGUGGCAGGAUUGGGAAUGCUAGCCAGCAUUUACAAGGACAACACAGAGAGAGGCAUUGCCAUGGGAAUAGCACUGGGUGGACUGGCUUUGGGCUUGCUUGCUGGAGCCCCUUUUGGAAGCAUCAUGUACGAAUUUGUGGGAAAGAAGGCUCCGUUUCUGACUUUAGCUUGCUUGGCUUUAUUUGAUGGAGCAUUGCAGCUUUGUAUUCUUCAGCCCUCCAAGAUUUCUCCAGAGGCUGUAAAAGGCACACCAUUGUUAACUUUACUGCGGGAUCCCUACAUUCUCAUUGCAGCGGGGUCUCUCUGUUUUGGAAAUAUGGGAAUUGCAAUGUUGGAGGUGACUCUGCCCAUUUGGAUGAUGCAGACUAUGUGUGCCCCAAACUGGCAGCUAGGUGUGGCAUUUCUUCCAACCAGUUUAGCAUAUCUAUUUUCCAUCAACAUGUUUGGCUUCCUUGCAAAUAAACUUGGAAGGUGGAUUUGUGCUGUGAUCGGGAUGCUGUUCUUGGGUAUCGGCCUCAUCCUUGUUCCCCUGGGAAAAAAUAUCUUUGGACUCAUUGGCCCAAAUGCACUCCUUGGAAUUGCAAUUGGAAUGGUUGAUUCUUCAUUAUUGCCAAUAAUGGGCUACUUAGUGGAUAUCCGGCACACCUCUGUGUAUGGGAGCGUCUAUGCUAUAGCAGAUGUUGCACUUUGUCUUGGAUUUGCCAUUGGACCUUUGACUGGGGGGGCCAUCGUGAAAUACCUCAGCUUUCCUUACCUCAUGGUCAUCAUUGGAGUUAUUAAUAUCGUGUAUACACCACUGUGUUGGUUUCUUCGAAAUCCACCUACAAGGGAAGAGAAAAUGGCCAUUAUCACACAGGAGUGUCCCAUGCACGUGAAAACCUACCAGACCCAAAAGUGCCACCGAGAAUUUCCUCUGAGUGACGAGAGUGAUUAAUCAAGUGGUACCAGUAGGAGCUGCACUUCUAGUGGCCUUCAUUCUACUCAUCUACUUCAUGUCAUCUUUUUAGACAGACAUCUGAAGCAUGGCUGGUACCUGUUUUAAGGUGUCUGCUGUCUGUGGGGAGUAAUUUGGUUUCCUCCCAUCAUCUCAAACACAUGCAUGUUAAAUUAAAUAACAACUGUAAGUUGGCCUAGUGUAGGUGCUAUCUGAAUAUGUCCACCAUGAACAAGCUGCCCAUCCAGGAUUAGUUCCUGCCUUCUGCUCAGUGCUGCCAGGAUAUCCUCCAGCCACUACAACCCCAUACUGGAUUAAGUGGGUUUAGGAAGUGUAUAGAUUGCUUGAUGAGUGAAUGAGAGAAGUAAUGUGCGUGGCUCUGCCCCAUUUCUGGCCAGGUGGACCCCAUGACCUUACACUGGAAAAUACAGGUUCAAAUGGGUGGCUGUAUCAAGCAUAUUAUAAAUAAAUUCAAAAUAAUGAACAGAAUGAGUUUUGUCC